UGUUUAUUUCCUCCGAUCCAUAUCUCACUUUCGGAUAGAAUAGCUAGGAAUCAAAAGCUUGUCUGAAACUAUUUGUUUCUGGGAUGCACAAUUAUUGGAGCUCAUGUUUCUCCAUCAAUAAGGAUUAAAAUGGAUCUGAGAAAUGAACGUCUUUGGAUGUAUAAUCGAGUCAAACCUGGAAGAAAGGGAUUGACAAAUGAAUUUAAGGUUGGAGUAGAUCAAUUUGUGAAUUUUGCUUGCGCACAAGUGGAGUUUGUUGAAAACGGUGUAAUUAGAUGCCCAUGUACCAAAUGUAGAAAUCAAUGCUACAAGAAUCACAGAGAUGUAAAAGUAGACCUUUAUAAGUGGGGGUUCGAAUCAAACUAUUGGCACUGGACUUGUCAUGGGGAAGAGGUCUCAUUUUUCACUCAAAGUGUGAAUGAUGUGUCACAUAUGGGGGAUGAAGGGAAUAACAUGUACGAAACAAUGGUUCAUGAUAUUUUUGGGAUGAGCUCAACACCUACUCAUCAAAAUGGAGAGUUUGAAGGGCCACAUGAAAGUGCACAAAAAUUUUAUGAGUUACUCGAUUCUGCACGACAACCAUUAUGGCCAGGAUGUACAACAGAUACUGAAUUAUCAUUUACAUUGAAGAUGAUGAGUAUAAAAUCAUCAUAUAACAUUGAACAAAAGGCCAUGGAUGAGAUGUUAGAUGCAUGUAGUCGAGCAAUGCCACUACCAAAUAAGAUACCGUCCAAUUUUUAUCAAGCUGAGAAAUUGGUCUCUAAACUUGGUCUCGGUCAUGUGAAAAUUGAUUGUUGUAUUAAUGGUUGCAUGUUGUGUUACAAAGAGGAUAUUGAAUUGGGACAAUGCAAAUUUUGCGGUGAGUCACGUUACAAAGAAAGUACAAAACACCGGUCAAAAGUUCCUCGGAAAAGGAUGCAUUACUUACCUCUAAUUCCAAGACUUCAAAGGUUAUGUGCAUCGCCUAGCUCAGCUAAGCAUAUGAGGUGGCAUGCUGAAAAUCAUUGUGACAUCGGCAUGAUGUGUCAUCCAUCAGACGGUGAAGCAUGGAAACAUUUUGAUAAAACCUAUCCCGAUUUUGCUUCAGAACCACGUAAUGUCAGGCUCGGCUUGUGUUCGGAUGACUUCUCUCCUUUUGGUAUGUCCUCUAAGUCAUAUUCAUGUUGGCCCAUAAUCGUUACUGUGUACAACCUUCCACUGUCAAUGUGUAUGACAACCCCGUAUAUGUUUUUGAGUUCUAUAAUUCCUGGUAAAAAUAAUCCAAAGGCUCAAAUCGAUGUAUACUUACAGCCACUAAUUGAUGAAUUGAAAUCUUUGUGGGAAAUAGGGGUUGUCACUUAUGAUGUGUCGUUAAAGCAAAACUUUGUGAUGAAGGCAUCUUUAAUGUGGAUAAUAAGUGACUUUCCGGCGUAUGGGAUGCUAUCAGGUUGGCAAACUGCAGGGAAAUUAUCUUGUCCAUAUUGUAUGGAAUCCACACAAGCUUUUUUUAGUUAAAGAAUGGAGGAAAGCAUUCAUGGUUUGAUUGUCAUCGCCAAUUCUUGUCUAUGAAUCAUCCUUUUAGAAAAAACAGGAGACAAACUGGAGAAAAAACAGGACACAAUCUCAUUUGUAGAACAAAUGGUUCGUACUACUAAUGAGAGACAAACUGGGAACACUUUCAGCCAACUAGCUCUGCCACCGCCUGUUAAUACAGGACAUUUAUGGCUUCCACGUGAGGGUAGACCAUUCAACUCAUCUUCACCUAAUAAUACAAGUUCUUCAUGCGCUUCUCUAUCGAGUCAACUGGAAUCUCCAAAUAGCACAUCUACCUUAAGUGAGCCAAACCAAUCCCCACCCUCAGAAGUUAAGAAAGAGAUCGUUCCUGAUGGGAAAUCCGGAUUCAUUCCAUGCUCGACAAACAGAUAUGUUAUGCUAUGCCUUAAGAAAAAAUUUGAUGAGCCAAUUCUCUCUUAUAAAGAAGCCUCGCCCGAAUUACAAAAUAUUUGGCUUAAUUUAUUUAAGGAAAGGUAUACAUGGAGGCCGGAACAUGAAUAUCGCAUCCAGAAAAACAUUAAUAGUAAAGGUUCUGCUGGGCUUUCACGUGCUCUGUCUGCUGCCCGAAAGUAAAAAAAAACAGCCAAAUUGGAUAAUCAAGUCACUAUGGACUCAAUUGCUUGUCAAAUGGGGUGACAUAAAGUGCAUACAAAAGUGUGAAACUAAUCAGAAAAAUAGAAAUUCUGAUGUUGGAAUCACCUUGCACACGGGGGGUUCCAUUCCCAUUACAGAACACAUUCGAAGAUAUGAGGAAAAACAUGGUGUGUCUGCAGGACCAGAUAAGAUGUAUUUACAAACACACACGAAGAAAGAAGACGGUUCAUUUGUCACCCCAAAGCUAAGCAAGUCUAUAAUGUGUGUUCAUUGUUGGUUGGAGUACUAAUCCAUUUGGAGUGAUACCGCAGGAAUCCUAUGAGGAGCUGAAGUCAAAAGACACAAAUGCUAAUUCUAAAGAAGUGUUGUUAGAGGCUGCUGGCGGACAUAAAAGGGGCGGAAAAGUUUCAGGCUUUGGUUCUGCCAGCCAUUACUACUUCCCAAAUACAUCUACUACUGAAGUUCCUUCACAACCCUCAUAUGAUGACACAGUAUGGAAACAUCGUUUGGCUGAAGUUGAAAAGGCCCACAAAGAGCUGAUAGAAUCCAACAAAGAGCUGAUACAAUCAAACAAAGAGCUUAUACAGCUCAAGGAAUCUGCAUCAGUCACUAUUGAAAAAAUGCAACGCUCUAUGAAUAUGUGUCAACAAUCACCGCAAGGUACCUUUACAAAUGUGUUUCCAUCCCAAAGUAUGCAUCACAGUUCAAUCAUGGGUAUGUUAAUGCCACAAACUUCACAAGUAUUCAAUACAAAGAAUAAUGGCCCGAACCAGGAAGACAAUGGAUGUCAAGACGAGGAAGAUGAACAUGUUUAGUCUUUGUAUUUCAAAUCAAUAUAUUCAGCUUUUGUGAUUCGGUAUGUGCUUUUUAAGGUCUUCAAGAAUGACUUCAUUACCGUAUUUUUGGAUUUCUUUUGGUUAAAGUAUGCAGUUUGGAUUUCUUUUGGUUAAAGUAUGCAAUUGCUAUCAUGUACUGUGUAUGUUGGUAUAAUUUAAAUUCUGGUAUUUGAGAAAUGCUUUGACAGGGAUCUGAUUGGUAAUAUAUGUAUGAGCGUG